GGCUGGGUGACUGCCUGACUGGCUGACUGGCAGACAUCAUGUUUCCUGUAUGUACAGUAAGGGCUGGCUUUUCAAGGACGUUUUAGGACAUAAAAUGAUAAAAACACCUGAUUGUCUGAUUGAGUUAAUCUGCUGUAUGAGCGAACGAUGUACUGAAGUGAUAGCUUUCUGUAAAGAGGAGCUCGUUUAACAACUUACUUUUAAACAACCAAAACGUUUCACUUGUGUCUCUGAAGCAUAUCCUGUUCACUGCAAACUGCUGUGUCAUGUCUGCUGUAGCGUAGAGGACUGUUGUAUUGUAUCUCUGGAGCAGAUGGAGACUGCUGUCUGCUGUAGCGUAGAGGCCUGUUGUAUUGUAUCUCUGGAGCAGAUGGAGACUGCUGUCUACUGUAGCGUAGAGGACUGUUGUAUUGUAUCUCUGGAGCAGGUGGAGACUGCUGUCUGCUGUAGCGUAGAGGACUGUUGUAUUGUAUCUCUGGAGCAGAUGGAGACUGCUGUCUGCUGUAGCGUAGAGGACUGUUGUACUGUAUCUCUGGAGCAGGUGGAGACUGCUGUCUGCUGUAGCGUAGAGGACUGUUGUAUUGUAUCUCUGGAGCAGGUGGAGACUGCUGUCUGCUGUAGCGUAGAGGACUGUUGUAUUGUAUCUCUGGAGCAGAUGGAGACUGCUGUCUGCUGUAGCGUAGAGGACUGUUGUAUUGUAUCUCUGGAGCAGAUGGAGACUGCUGUCUGCUGUAGCGUAGAGGACUGUUGUAUUGUAUCUCUGGAGCAGAUGGAGACUGCUGUCUGCUGUAGCGUAGAGGACUGUUGUAUUGUAUCUCUGGAGCAGAUGGAGACUGCUGUCUGCUGUAGCGUAGAGGACUGUUGUAUUGUAUCUCUGGAGCAGGUGGAGACUGCUGUCUACUGUAGCGUAGAGGCCUGUUGUAUUGUAUCUCUGGAGCAGAUGGAGACUGCUGUCUGCUGUAGCGUAGAGGACUGUUGUAUUGUAUCUCUGGAGCAGAUGGAGACUGCUGUCUGCUGUAGCGUAGAGGCCUGUUGUAUUGUAUCUCUGGAGCAGAUGGAGACUGCUGUCUGCUGUAGCGUAGAGGACUGUUGUACUGUAUCUCUGGAGCAGAUGGAGACUGCUGUCUGCUGUAGCGUAGAGGACUGUUGUACUGUAUCACUGGAGCAGAUGGAGACUGCUGUCUGCUGUAGCGUAGAGGACUGUUGUAUUGUAUCUCUGGAGCAGAUGGAGACUAUUAGGGACUUGUACAUGCUGACAAAUCAUCUGCUUUAUAGCUUCAGGACCUUUCGGUCUGGUUUCCUGGACAACAGAUUGUGACUAGUCGUGGACAACAACAAAAAUCAUUGACGGUAGAGAAUCUCUGUGUCCGGGAAACGGCCCAUCGAUGUCUAGGUGGGUGGACAGGAAGUGAGGUGCAUCGUGGGAUUGUUUUUGGAUGUGACUACUGCCUAACAGUCAGAGCAUAUUAUGGCCUUAGGGUUGAACCAGGGUGUGAACCACCAACAUGAGAAUACCCUCCUCCUCGUCCUCCCUCUUAAUCCCCUGGAGCAACAGUCAAGCUCCUUGUCACCUCGUCUUUCAUUCUUCUAGUUCCAUCCGUGUUAUUGGUGGCCACCGUCUCCAUAGUUACAGAAUAUCACAGUUACAACUGUGUUAAAUUAAGCUUCUGUCCCACUGUCUCCAUAGUUACAGAAUAUCACAGUUACAACUGUGUUAAAUUAAGCUUCUGUCCCACUGUCUCCAUAGUUACAGAAUAUCACAGUUACAACUGUGUUAAAUUAAGCUGCUGUCCCACUGUCUCCAUAGUUACAGAAUAUCACAGUUACAACUGUGUUAAAUUAAGCUUCUGUCCCACUGUCUCCAUAGUUACAGAAUAUCACAGUUACAACUGUGUUAAAUUAAGCUUCUGUCCCACUGUCUCCAUUACAGAAUAUUCCAUAAAUAGUGCACUUCUUUCAACCAGGGCUGAUUAAAGCUUAGUGCAGUUCUUUCUACCGGGGCUGAUUAAAGCUAGUGCACUUCUUUCUACCAGGGCUGAUUAAAGCUAGUGCACUUCUUUCGACCAGGGCUGAUUAAAGCUAGUGCACUUCUUUCUACCAGGGCUGAUUAAAGCUAGUGCACUUCUUUCUACCAGGGCUGAUUAAAGCUAGUGCACUUCUUUUGACCAGGGCUGAUUAAAGCUAGUGCACUUCUUUCUACCAGGGCUGAUUAAAGCUAGUGCACUUCUUUUGACCAGGGCUGAUUAAAGCUAGUGCACUUCUUUUGACCAGGGCUGAUUAAAGGUAGUGCACCCUGGAAUACGGUGCCAUUUGGGACGUACCCAUUGCCGUAGAAGUGUGGUGAGAUAAAAUGAUCAGCUUUACAGAUAAAUCCACCACAUAUCACCUUUCCUGUCCUGAUUUAGUGUGGAAGACUGUCCUGAUUUAGUGUGGAAGUCUGUCUUGAUUUAGUGUGGAAGUCUGUUCUGAUUUAGUGUGGAAGUCUGUUCUGAUUUAGUGUGGAAGUCUGUCCUGAUUUAGUGUGGAAGUCUGUUCUGAUUUAGUGUGGAAGUCUGUUCUGAUUUAGUGUGGAAGUCUGUCCUGAUUUAGUGUGGAAGUCUGUCCUGAUUUAGUGUGGAAGUCUGUUCUGAUUUAGUGUGGAAGUCUGUUCUGAUUUAGUGUGGAAGUCUGUUCUGAUUUAGUGUGGAAGUCUGUUCUGAUUUAGUGUGGAAGUCUGUUCUGAUUUAGUGUGGAAGUCUGUCCUGAUUUAGUGUGGAAGUCUGUUCUGAUUUAGUGUGGAAGUCUGUCCUGAUUUAGUGUGGAAGUCUGUCCUGAUUUAGUGUGGAAGUCUGUCCUGAUUUAGUGUGGAAUUCUGUCCUGAUUUAGUGUGGAAGUCUGUCCUGAUUUAGUGUGGAAGUCUGUCCUGAUUUAGUGUGGAAGUCUGUUCUGAUUUAGUGUGGAAGUCUGUCCUGAUUUAGUGUGGAAUUCUGUUCUGAUUUAGUGUGGAAGUCAGUCCUGAUUUAGUGUGGAAGUCUGUUCUGAUUUAGUGUGGAAGUCUGUCCUGAUUUAGUGUGGAAGUCUGUCCUGCUUUAGUGUUGAAGUCUGUCCUGAUUUAGUGUGGAAGUCUGUCCUGAUUUAGUGUGGAAGUCUGUCCUGAUUUAGUGUGGAAGUCUGUCCUGAUUUAGUGUGGAAGUCUGUCCUGAUUUAGUGUGGAAGUCUGUCCUGAUUUAGUGUGGAAGUCUGUUCUGAUUUAGUGUGGAAGUAUGUCCUGAUUU